AUGGACAAGGUUCGGUUGCAAAGAGAAGCUGCCUUCAUACGAAGCUCACUUCUUGAUCAGGGAUAUUUGGAUGAGCAAUUCAUUCAGCUGGAAGAGUUGCAAGACAAUGAUAAUCCCAAUUUUGUGGAAGAAGUUGUGACCCUUUUCUACACUGACUCUGCAAGAUUGAUCUACAACAUUGAUCAAGCACUUUUGAGUAACCCAACUGACUUCACAAAAUUGGACGAUUACAUGCAUCAAUUCAAGGGAAGUUGCUCAAGCAUCGGAGCAAAGAAGGUGAAGAAUGAAUGCAACGGAUUUGGUGAAUAUUGUGAGGCACAAAACUAUGACGGAUGCUUCAGGACUUUCCAACAAAUCAAGCAAGAGUAUAUAAAUUUGAAGAAGAAGCUUGAGACUUAUUUUCAGUUAUUGAAGGAAGCUGCUCAAAUCAAAUGA